AUGGCUGCCUCCAAAGAAGUACCAUGGAAAUGGGUAAAAUUCUCCUGGACACUGGCCCUUGCAGCUAUCUCUGCAUCAACAGUGUAUUUUUGGAGAAGAAAAUGGAGAGACGUGAACGAGAAGGCUCCAGAGCUUGAGUUAUCUUUAAAAGCGUUAUUGGAGAAGUGUGCUGCUAAGAGGCAAGGUCGUAUCAGAGCUCAACAGGCCUUGGCAAAAAUAUUAUCUUUUGGGCAUUUAGAUACUUCAGCAUGUAUUGUGGGAUAUAGGCAUGCCUUUGAGACAUGUAUGGAUGUAACACAUAUCACUAUAUCAGGAAUUAUGUGA